GUAAUUGAAACUGCUAAAAUUGGGUUAAGAACCGUUUAACAUAUUAAAAACUAUGACAUCAGGAGCUAUCCUCGCAAAAGAAAUUGAGUCAAAAACAUGUUUCAAGAACAUCAGUGAUCAAAUUUUCUUUGGUAAAAUCAAAUCACAAGAAAAACAGCAGAACUCAAUGCUGUGGAGAUAACUUAGCCUUAUGAAAACCUCUAGUGAGGUGAUUUGUAAAAAAAAAAAAGGUUUGAGUUUGCUAGGAGCAUAAACAUCUGACUCUGAUGUAGUAAAGGUCAAAAGUCAAAUAUGUGUUCUGAUGAGUCCAGGAUUUUCCCUUUUCCAGAGUGAGCAGAGGUAGAAGAAAAAUAUACUCAUCACAUUUAAACCGUCUGCAGUAUAAGCCGCCUUUAAAAAAAACAAAACAAAAAAAAAAAACCCCAACAAAAAACGUGUAUUCUGAAUGAAAAAUGUCGGAAAUACUUUCAUUUAAAACCAAAGGUCGACAGAAUCGUUGCCUAGCAACGUAACAACCUAUUCGUUCGGAAUCAAUUCCGAUUCUUAACGUCUCGCAGCCGCAACAGCUACGGUUAACCGUUAGCUUAACUCUUGAAACAAGUUAUUUUAUCAACGACAACUAACCAAACUCCCAUCGAUGCCUCGUAAGUUGAGUUUCUUUAAAACCAGACGGUACAGCGGAUCUAGUACCCUUGCAUCCAGUGAUGUGUCACUGGAUAUAUCUAAUGAUGCUUUCGAAAACCAGGAUUGUUUGUCGCUUAAUUUGGAAGAUGGUCUGUCAACCGAAAUGUGUAGCAGUAAUAAUCACAGCUCUACGGAGAAAUCUGCCAUCACAAAGGAUCAUCACAAUGACAAAGAAGCGUCUGGUCCUGAUGGCACAAUCCUCGAGCUCCAAGAGUUUAGAGAAACCCAAAUCCAACAAGAGACGUGCCUGCAAACCCUCCGAGCCAAGUACCACAGAGAUUUCGCUAUGAUAAAACAGGCACUUGAAGAAGAAAAAUCAAGCAAAGAUGUUUUAACAAAGGAACUUGCUGACAUCACUGAACUUUAUAAGAAUGAAACGCAGAACUUGAAAGAGGAGCUGACCAGUACACAGGAGAUGAUCAAGCAUCUGGUUUUAAAAGCUACGACAGAUAUUCAUGAGGUGCUGGGGGCUCUUCAGUACCGUUUGGAGCAGCUUGAAGAGCAGCAACGGCAACAACAGAAGCCUAUAAUCCUUGAAAAAAUUCUAAAUAGCCCACUUGUCAUUUGGUCGGUCCUUCUAGUACUUCUGUCCGUACUGGGCUACUUAGUCGUGACCCUUAGAGCAUAAGGCUCCUCUGUUUUGACAGAGGAUUUUUUCUUGAAUAUUCUGACUUUGUAGCUUGAGUUCUGAGAUACCAGUAAUAAAAGUUUCAAGCCAUGUGAUUAACAGGUCUGUGGUAUACCACACCAGCCCUAAAGUAAAUCUUUAAGAGGAAAUUUGAUCAUUGAACAGGUCUUAUAGUUCGACCGUUCUGCCGUUUGCAGUCAUGGCUGCAACUAAUGUAAAGAAAGUCAACUUUUUUUGGACUAGACAUGCAAGAAGGAUUUCAAUUAGCUGAAACCCAUCAUUGCCAAGUUUAUGGAUUACAAAGGUGAGUAAUUUUUACAUUAGAGCCAAAAAUCUCCAACGUUUCUGCUUAGUUAAGGUGAAAUAA